AUGGUCUCCAGGUUCCUGCUGCUCAUGGCUCUGAGCGUCUGUGUCUCUGGUUGGUUUCCACCUUCACUUUCUUCUCCACAAAGAGAAAAGAGGAGAUCCACUUUGAGACUGACUGAAACACUUGAACACUUCCAUUAGAAAAGAUGUUGAAAGACUCACAUGUUCCUGUGUUUCUCUGCUCCUCUUUUUCCCUCUCUGUCUCCUCUACAGGAACACUUGUAGUCAACGUGGCUAAUGGCUCCUAUGAAGCAGAAGUGGGCCAGAACCUCACCCUGGAGUGGACCUUCACACCCAAACCUGACAGCUCUCUAAAAGAUUUCCAAAUUUUCUGUUCCAUGUUCACUGUUCACAAGGAGUUGUUCCUGUUUAAGCUUCGUGAAGGAGUGGUGUUUCUCCAGUCUCAGGCUGAAGAGUUUGUAGGACGAGUCCAGUGUGACCAAGAGGUCCUCAAAGAGGGACGGAUCAGACUUAAUGUGUCCUCACUCAGGAUUGAAGACUCAGGCCAGUACAGGUGUGUAGUGUGGAAAAACCAUGGCUACAACUUCAACACCUGUGAGCUUUCAGUCACAAGUAAGAUGAAUCUGAAAAUCUGAGAAAAUUUUUGAUAAAUAUAUUAUUAAUUGUUUAAGUUUUCAUUGUGGACUUUUUUUCAAGUUUGUCUUCACUUAAAUGACUCUUAAUGUUGGUCUCCCCACAGAUCGGACUGUCUCUGAGACUGAACCUGAGAGACCGGCCUCAGCAAGUCGAGGAAGGAUUGGUCUGUACUCUGGACUGACAGCAGCAGCAUCAGUUGUGAUGCUGUUCAUUUUUUACUGUUUAAUAAUUCGCCUGCGAAAUAAAUGUGACAAACAGACAACUGAGACAGAUUCAACAAGAUCUUUCAGUUUAGGAGACAAAGAACCUUUGUCACAAGGUAACUGUCUUCAGGAGGACAAAAGCACAAUCAUUUCAGUCAGGACCACAGAGUCAGAGAAAAGUUCCUCUUUUUUGAUGCAGUAA